AGCAGGACGCACCUGUGGGACGUGGGAGAAAUCCUGGGAUUCCAACGAACUAUCACAACUUUCUGGACUGUCUGUACAGCAGACAUAUUAUUUUAUUUUUAUAGUUGCUAGUGUGUUGUUAAUUUAGAUACGCAUUUAACCGCGUGCAUCCGUUAAUUUGGAUCUGAAUCCAACGGUUAAUCCUAUUUGAUAACCCUACCAGCGCACGGGACUGGAGCGAAACGUUUAUUUUUCGGCCCUGAAGAUCUUGCUGUCUUUGGAUCAAAAUCAACCGUUUCUCAAUGAGCGACACGGAGAAUUCCAACACGGAUUCCAAAUUGGAAUUUGUAGUACAGAGGCUGGAGGAGAGUGUGCUGUCUAAGGAGAAGAAGCUGACGGUCCGAGGCGCCUCCCCAGAAGACCCAACUACGUGUCUACCUGCACGGGUCCGAGAGAUUGUCACCAAGAACCUCAACGAGAGCUCACCAGGAGCCAUGUCCUCAGUGAUGUUUGUCCAUGAGGAGAACCGGGUGCUGCAGGUAGAGUUGGGAAGGCUGGAGGACCUGCUGGCCCAAAGCAGGGCGGACCGCGAUGAGCUGGCCAUCAAAUACAACACCAUCAGCGAGAGGCUAGAGCAUGCGCUCCGCCUGGAGACGGGUGACGGGGACCAGGAUUCACCAGAGUCUCCCAGCCUGGCUCAGCAGAACGUGGACCUGCGCAAAUGUCUGGAUGAGGAGCAGGCGGCCUACAAGCGUAAACUCACAGCCUACCAGGAGGGCCAGCAGAGACAGGCUCAGCUGGUGCAGAAGCUGCAGGCGAAGGUCCUGCAGUACAAGAAGAGGUGUGGAGAUCUAGAGCAGACUCUAGUGGAGAAGUCCUCGGAGCUGGAGCUGCACAGACUGAGUGGUCGUUGUGAUAUGUCCAGCAACAGUCACCAUCGAGAAGAGGUGGAUCCAUGCGGCGACCUGGAAAAUGCUCUGAUCCGGUUGGAGGAGGAGCAGCAAAGGAGCAGCAGUCUGUCUGCAGUGAACGCCAUGCUGAGAGAGCAGUUGGAGCAAGCAGGACUGGCCAAUGAGGCACUCAGCCAGGACAUACGCAGACUCACUGUUGAUUGGUCCAAGUCCAGGGAGGAGCUGGAGCAGAGAGAGUCUGAUUGGAGGAGGGAGGAGGAGUCUUUCCACAGUUAUUUCAGCAGUGAGCACAGUCGUCUACUGUCCCUAUGGCGACAGGUGGUGGGCUUCCGAAGGCAGGUCUGUGAGCUGAAGAGCGCUACAGAGAGGGACCUGUCAGACAUGCGUAAUGAGCUGGCACGGACCUCCCACUCUAUCCAGUCGUCCUGCUCCGGCCUUUCCUCCACGAUGCGCAACCGGGAGGGAGGGGCGGCCCUGGCUCUGGAGCGGGAGGUGGCGCUGCGUGGGCAGCUGGAGCUGCAGCUCAGAGAAAGGGUGGCCGAGAUGAUGAGCCUGCAGACCAGGACAGACGCAGAGAGGGCCAAGCUCAAUGCCAGACGGUCAGAUGCUGUGCAAGAGGGGGAGAGGCUGAAGGGUCAGACUGAGGAGAGAGACCGAGACAUGGCCUUUCUGACCAGGAGACUGGAGGAGCAGAUUGGGAACGAUGAGACAGACAUGCAGGUGAUGAGAGCUCAUACUGAAACACUGCUGGACACACUGAGAGACAUUGCACAGACUGUCCUGUCCGAUGGGGACUCAUCAUCAGAGGCAGACCAGGAGAACACCGGAGCUCCUUUAUUGGCUCUGCUCCGUGGCUCCUCCCCUCACCGCUCCUCGUCACCACAGCAAUCCACCUCUCCUAGCCGCUACUCCUCGUUGGCACCCGUCCCAGAGGCCAGCCUGUCUGCCCUGCGCUCUGCUGUCAACAGCAGACAUCUCCAGCUGCAGGAGGUCCGGGGGUGUCUGUCCUCUGCCCAGUCAUCAUUGCAGAUGCUGCGCAGGCAGCUCGCAGAGGCGGAGUCAGCCAAGCGAGAGACAGAGCAGCGCAGUUGGACCCUGCAGGGAGAGAGGGAUGGAGUUCAGAGAGAAAAAGACACCACGCAGAGAGAGAGAGACCGUCUGAAACAAGACAGAGACAAACUGGCUAGUGAGAAGAUGGCUAUGGAGAAGGCAGCCCAGACAGCUCUGAUCAAGGCCCAGAUCCUGCAGAUGGACUGUGAAAAGCUUCAGCAGGCCGUGACGGGCCCAGAGAGAGAGAGGGAUCACGAGAGAGAGGAGAAGGAGGCCGAACGGCAGGAAAGAGACCGAGCCAAGGCUGAGACAGAGCGAGUUCAGAAGCAGUGGGAGCAGAGUGAGAGCCGGGCGUCUGUCCAGCGAGGGGAGCUGUCUGCAGUGAGAGAGACCCACCACCAGGCGGAGGUGGAGAGGCAGCUGCUGGAGGGGGAGAAGGCCCAGCUCACUGAGGCUCUAACCCGGGCUGAGAGCAGUAAUGCAGAGCUCUCUCUGCUGGUCAAUAAGCUUGACUCUGAGGAGGCUGCCCUCCGAGACUCUCUGGCCAAGAUGGGCAGCAUGAAUGAGGGCCUAGCCCAGGACAAGUCUGACCUCAACUCCAUCAUCAGCCAGCUGGAGGAGGAGAAGGCCCAUCUGCAGGCCCAGAAGCGUGAGGCGGAGCAGGAGAAGCUGACCAUCAGAGAUGAGCUGGUCCGAUUGGAGCAGGACAGGCUAGAGCUGGACACCGCACACCUCGCCCUCCACCAAUCACUGCAGGAGUCUGAGCUGAGCAGGGUGGGGAUGGAGGCGGAGCUUCAGAGCCUCCGGGCAGAUAGAGUGAAGCUGCAGGACAAAGUCACUCAGUUGUGUGGCGAGGUGAGCUCUCUGGGGGCGGAGUUGGGCAUGGCCCGGGGUGAGGAACAGAGACAGGGCGUGGCCCUGGAGGAAGUAGGGCGGGACAGGGCGGAGCUGGCUAGAGAGAGGACGGGGCUGGUGGUCCAGCUGACUGCAUCAGAGAGAGAGAACGCCAUGCUGACCGAGGAGCUGGCCGCAUUCAGGUCGGAGCGGGAGGCCCUGGAGACCAGCCUGUUUGAGGUGCAGCAGCAGCUGUUGCAGCUGGAGUCUGACAGAGAGCAGCCGGAGACAGAGAUCCAGAGUCUGCAGCUGCGCUGUGAGACAACCACCGCGGAGCUGAGGCGUGUGUGUGCUGAUGGGGAGAAUGCACUGGCACAGAGUGAGCGGGAGAGAGAGACUCUGAGCCAGGCCCUGAGCACCACCCAGCAGGAGUCCCAGCAGGCCCUACGCACCGCCAUCACUGACCACCAGGAGGAGGCAGAGAGACUGACCGCUGAGAAGGAGGCCCUGCGUCACAGUCUGGAGUCUGAACAGGAGGGGGCACUACGACGUGUCAGACAAGAGGUCGAGGAGCAGCUCCUCAGAGCCGAGAGAGACCGGGAAGACCUGAGAGAUGAAGUGAGGAGUCUGCACCACGACAGAGACCAGAGUCUGCUACAGAUGCUGUCCCAGAAGGAAGCAGAGAAGGCUGUGCUGUCUGAGAGGGUGUCCAUCCUGAAGGCAGAGCUGGGUACUGCAGCCCUGGAGCUGGAUAGACUGGCCAGAGAGGCAGCGCAUUACAAAGCCCAAGAGAGGGCCUCAGUGGGAACUCUGACCAUUGAGUUACUGGAGCUUCGCUCUCAGCUGGAAGAGGCUGGCAGUGUUCAUGAUCGGGAGCUAUACAGGCUGCAGGAGAACUGCACUGACCUACAGACACACACUGACAUUGCACUCAAAGAGUUGGAGGAGUGCAGAGCUUCUCUCUCAGCCAGUGAGGAGAGCCGAGACCAGGUGAGGCGGGACAUGCUGGAGAUGGAGAGGUGCCUCAACCAAACCCGGGACACCGGGGAGGGGUACAGAAGGGACGGGGUGGAGCUACGGCACACCUUCUGUGAUGUCACCAAGGAGAGAGACACACUCAGCCUAUCAAAGCAGCUGAGGGAGACACUGAUAAGUGCAGAUUCUGAGAGAAUCAGUGUGAAGCAUCAGUGUGAGGAGAAGGAGCAGCGGCUGGCUGUUCUGGGGGAGAGCCUGUCGUCUGCCCAUAGAGAGGUGACGGAACUCCGCAGCUGUUUGAGAGAGGUCGAGAGGUCACGACUGGAGGCCCAGAGAGAGCUGCAGGAGCUACGCAGACAGGUGAAGGUGCUUGAUGGAGAGAAGGAACAGAAAGGGAAGGAGGUGGCUGAGCUGCAGACGCGUCUCUCCCUGGAGGAGCAGAGAGAGGAGGAGAGAGGAAGGGAGAUGUUCUCUCUCAAACAGAAGCUGGCCGAGGCAGACACAGCCAGGACCUCCAUCAAGAAAGAGCUGUCCAUCCUCCAGAGGCAUCUGACAGAGUCAGAGUUAGGCUGUCGGGGUUGUGAGAGGGAGCUGACAGCCCAGAUGCAGGAGGCCCGGGGCUGUGAGAAGAAGCUCCAGGAUGAGGCCAGGAACCUGUCCCUGCGGCCCCAGACAGCCCAGGACUCCCUCACUCUGUCUAGCCUGCAGCUCAGCGAGGCCCAGGGCCGCCUGGCAGCCACCGAGGCAGAGCUGGCCAGGUCCGUAGCCGGACGCAGGGAGCUGGAGUUCCGCCUGGGCAGCCUGCAGUCGGCGCUGACCCGUACACUGGGCAUCGGGCUGGGGGGCCGGAGCAGUGCCAGCUGGGGCAGGAGCCCCAGGGGGAGCAUCCCACAGCAGCAUCACACAGACAAACAAAAUCCUAACAGGGUGACACCCCCCUCCCCAUGCUUCUGCCUCAGCUGGACCCUGAGAAGCUGCGCUGUGCCCUCCGAGACUUCCUCCAGGAGCUCCGAGACUCUCGAAGAGACAGGGACGAGGCUCGCUGCCAGUUGGGGGGCUACAGAGCGAGCUGGAGGAGGUGACGGGGGAGAGAGACUCCGCCCAGAACCGCCUUUCUCAGCUACACAACACACUGCAGGAGUGCCAGAGGGUAAGCGUGGUGUUGACGGGCGUCUGAGCUCCACCCAGGCCAUGCUCCAGCAGCAGGAGGAGACGGUGAGGAGGGGAGAGAGGGAGAGGAGGGCCCUCACUGACAGAGUCAAGGAGCUGGAGAGAGCCCUGCAGACUGCAGAGACGGAGAGGAAACACAUACAGGACCAAUUGAGUAAGCAGCAUGUGGGCGAGGUGCGUCUGGAGGCUGAGCGGAGGCGCCUGCGGGAGGCCCUGGAGGCUGCUGAGGCACGGGGGACCAGGAUGGAACUGGGGAGACGCAGUCUGGAGGGGGAGCUGCAGAGAUUCAAACUGAGCCUGGGGGACAGGGAGGCCGAGAGCCAGGCCACCCAGGAGCACCAUGACACACUACUCAAACAGGUGGUGGAGGGGGAGAGCCGUGUGACGUCACUCCAGAGAGAAGUGGACAGGCUGAACCAGGCUCUGUCUAAAGUCCAGGAAGGAGAGGCCUGUAUCAGAGAGAAGACCCAGAACCUCUCCCAGAGCCUCCAGGAGGCCACGGCUGCCCACAGCGCCACCCAGGGGCGCCUGGCCGCACUGCAGAAGACCCUGGGGCUGGCCGAGCAGGACCGCAGGCAUCUAAAGGAACGAGUGGAUGGAGCGCGGUCAUCCCUGGUGGAGGGGAAGAGAGGCAUGGUGGCCCUCACUGAGCGAGUGCAAAGCCUUCAGACUGAGCUGACCCAGAGCGAGCUGAGACAAAGAGAGCUGGAGGCAGAGCUGGCCCACACACAGGAGGCCCUGCGUCAACGGUCCGCCAGUCUGACAGAGGCCCAGCACAGUGCCCAGUCUGCCCAGGCAGAGAGAGCGACUGCAGAGGAGAGGCUGCGGGGGCUGCAGAGGGCCGUGGCCAUGCUGGAGACAGAGAAGAAAGAUGCGGAGAGACAGGCUGUCCACCUGGAGAAGGACAAAAAUGCACUGUGGAAUAUACUGGACAAGGUGGAGCGUCAGAAGCUGAAGACUGAGGAGGGUAGCAUGCGUCUGUCUGCAGAGAAGGGCCGCCUGGAUCGCUCCCUCACCACCGCCGAGCAGGAGCUGCAGGACGCACAGAGACAGAUAGCACUGCUACAGGCCCAGCUGGCUGAGAUGGAGCAGUCCCACAGUGAGAGUGAGAGCUCUGUGCGGCAGCGUGACGAGGUGCUGCGUGAGGUGGAGAAGCUGAAGGUCGCCCAGAGGGAGGCAGAGAGGAUCCUGGCUGCCCGAGACAGAGCCCACCGCCACCGGGUCAAAGGCCUGGAGGAGCAGUUGUCCACUCUGAAGGAGCAGCUACAGCAGGAGAUGAGGCGUAGACAGCCCUCUCUACCCACCUCCCUCAUAUCUGGAGGGAACUGAGCACUGAGCAGCGCUCCAUGUGUCCCUCCAUGGAUACUACAGUCCACUAACAGCUCCGGAACCAGUAUCACAUCAUUACAUUUACAUUUACAUUGUAUACCACAUCAUCAGCUCCUCUGUCUUGACACACGCAUCUCCUCCUACUCAGGGAGAAACAGCGACACCACGGGAAGAGACUGUGGAUGAUAGAAGUGUAGUCCAGUACAACAGAGGAGGAAUGAGAUCCUCAUCUCUGCCAGUAUACAGUUGACCUGUGUUCCCUUCCACACACACACCAGCAGACCAGCAUACAAAGGGAGAACAGUCUAAGUCACUGUUUGAGCACUAGGCAACAAAUUGAUCGGCCAUAUGACGGAACUACUGUACCAUCCAUCUUGCUAGUAUUUGGUUGAGAUUGACCCAACUAUUUUGUCUGGACCAAUAGAUGGAGUGUGUGUGUCUGUGUACACUACCGGUCAAACGUUUUAGAACACCUACUCAUUCAAG